AACCCAAAGGUCAUUAGGCUCCGCUGCUUGUUGUGAUAUGGCCUGCAGAUCAAACAGCGUUCUGUCCAAGCAGACAAACCAACAGGAAGAAGAUGACUCCAUUCUACAGCCUGAUGUCAUGCUUCAAGUGGAUGAAGAGUCAUUUUACGUCAACCGUCGUCACCUUGCACUUCAUAGCCCAUACUUCCGGGCUCUCUUCUUUGGCUGCGGUGUUGAAAGCACGAAAAGGAAAAUAGAGCUUAGAGGACUCCGCUUGCAGUAUUUCAAAGUGUUAAUGCACCAUAGCCAGACUUCCAUUCUCACUCUGGACAGGGAAAAUGUUUUGGGGAUCCUUGAGACUGCGGAUUUCCUCCAGCUGGAGCGAGCCAAGCUGCUGUGCUGCAAAUUCCUUGAACGUGAGCUCCACCUCUGCAAUUGUUUGGGAAUGAUGGCUUAUGCCUGGCAACGAGGCUGUGCUCAACUCUUCAAUGCAGCAAGGCAGGUUGCCCUCACACACUUCUCUGAUGUUGUCUCUGAAGAGGACUUUCUGUCUUUGCCUAAGGAGACCGUGGCACACCUCCUUGCCAGCGAUGACCUGGCCAUCUAUCGAGAAGAUUUAGCACUAGAGGCGGCCCUACGCUGGGUGUCAUUUGAUAAAAAAAGAGAGGAACACUUCCUGGAGCUCAUUGAGCUGGUGAGGCCCGAGUCUCUAUCAUUGACAUUCAUCUCUAAACUUCUGGACACAAUGACAAACAGCUCCGACCCUAGAGCCAAACUCAUCCGCAUGCUGAAUGAACAUUUCCCGAUAUCCUGGUCAAUGGGGAGGUCCCUGAAAAGGACCAAAGAAACUCUUUUUGUAGUAGGAGGACCUCAUGAUCAGGAACAGCAGGCGUCCUAUCAAUUUCAGCCACUCACUGGGAGAUGGCAAAAUUGUGCACCACUGCAGAGGAAGAACCUUACACAAUACUCAGUAGCAGCAGUAGGAGACAGCGUUGUUGUGACAGGUGGCUACUUCCGUGACGUGCUCUGGUUCAGCGUGGACUGGGUCAGAAGAUACGACUGUAGGAACCAGCGGUGGUUGGAUGGCCCUGCUUUGCAGAAGUCCAGGCACAGCCACUGCUCCAUUGCGUUGGAUUCCACUCUGUAUGUCUUGGGGGGCAGCAUGGACGAAGGGCUGGUGGCUGAUGUUGAAAGACUGAUUCUUGAGUCAGACGAGGCUUGGGAAAGCGUCAGCCGCAUGGACCGGGCGGUGGAAAGGGCAGCCGUAGUCACUCUGGGCCAGUGUAUCUAUGUUGCGUGUGGCCUAGAUGAAAAUGGAGAAGCAUUUGGUGGAAUACAACGGUACGACACCAGGAAGAAUCACUGGGAUGUCGUCUCUUAUUCCCCCUUUGCACGAUAUGACCUGGUUGCCACUGAACUCAAUGGCGCCAUCUAUCUGUUCGGAGGGCAAGCGUUGCGUUUUGACGUGGAGACGGAUGAGUGGACUGUUGUGCAGGAGGAAUCGCUGGAGAAAAGGUUCUUCUGCGGCUGCAGCACAGCUAAUGGCCAGAUCUUCCUGUUGUGUGAGAAAAAGUGUAACAAAGCACUCCCCAAUAUAGUUUUGUUUGACCCUUAUGUGGACACUUGUAUCAAAGUGGAGAAUUCCAUACCAUGUCCUGUUCCACUCAGAGGGUGUGUCACAAUUAAAGUGCUAACAUGAAUGUGAGUAUUGAAAGCAAUGAAAUAUCCAUGACAUUUAAAAACAUGAUUGAAGUCUUUGCAGGGAGGUUUCUAGCCACUUUUAAUGAAAAAGAAAUAUGACCAUAGAUUCUAUGGCAUAGAAUGAAUCACGGUUCAGCCCUUUAAGUGCUUCAUAUUGUUGUUUACCACGAUGAUCAAGCACACUUGGGAUCUCUGUUCCAUACUGCUGGUAACCACAAAUUCAUAUUCAUGAUGGUAUUUGAUCAACUAUUUUGCUCUUAAAGAGUCCAGAUGUUUACCUCUGUAGAUGUUCAGUAAUGACCAUUAGUGUACAUACAAUGAUCAGCUGGAUUCACUUCCAGUCACAGUUUGUAAAGUUAAUCGUAG